AUGGCCACCAGGUACGAAGCUGUACACCAGACCCUCAACGGCCCCGGUGAUGCCAGGCCGACCGCUCUUCAAAUCAUUCGUGACGAACAACUCAGUGGCAAGUGGUCCGACAAGACCGUGCUGAUUACCGGAUGCUCCUCCGGAAUUGGGAUCGAGACUGCGAAAGCACUUCAUGAAACCGGCGCCACUAUCUAUGCCACUGCACGGGACCUGAACAAAGCCAAGUCAGCUCUCAGCUCGAUCAUUGACAGUGACCGUGUCUAUCUACUGGAACUCGAUCUCGAGUCCCUGGCGAGUGUUCGCAAUUGCGCCGAAACCUUCCUCGCCAAGUCUGACCGUCUCGACGUCCUGAUCACAAAUGCCGGUGUUAUGGCCACCCCCGAAGGCCGAACUGCUGACGGGUUCGAAACCCAAUUCGGUACCAACCACCUUGCACACUUCCUUCUGAUCCAGCUGCUUCUCCCUAUUCUCGAGAAGUCGUCCAAACCGAACUCCCAGUCCCGCGUUGUUGUCCUCUCCUCCGUCGCCCACCGGAAUGGCGAGGUCAACUUCCCCAACCUCAACUUCGAUGGCGAGUACGACGCAUGGAAGGCUUACGCCCAGAGCAAGACGGCCAAUCUGUGGGCCUCCAACGAAGUCGAGCGUCGAUUCGGCCCAAAGGGUGUCCACUCACUAAGCGUGCAUCCUGGUGGUAUCAUGACUGGCUUAAUGCAGCACUUUUCCGACGAGCACAAGCAAGCUCUGGGGACUAAUCCCGGUGUUUUGGCGUUGCUCAAGAGUCCCGAGCAGGGUGCGGCUACAACUGUCUGGGCCGCUACCGCAAAGGUCCACGAAGGUCAAGGAGGAAAGUAUCUGGAGGAUUGCCAGAUCGCGAAGCCUCCCAAGGAUGGCGCUGCUCAAUUCGAUCCUGGAUAUUCGGCCUGGGCAUAUGAUGAAAAGAAAGCUAUCCUGCUUUGGGAGCGAUCUUUGGAACUUGUGAAGCCAUUCCUGGGUUGA